AUGGACCUUGGAGGUAGCAAUGCUCACGCCCGUGGUGACGAUGGUGCUGGGCCUUCUAGUGUGGGCGAUGAUCAUUCUGAAGUCGUUUUGUUCAGCGUAGCUCAGCAGGUCAUGGCUGAGAUUGCACGGAGCUCUAGGGAACAGGAAGGCCCAUCUACAGAUCAGGGGUAUUGGCUAGAAACUAACUACGUCAGCAUUGAUUGCCAUAAAAAAGAGGUGAUUUCCAAACCACCGGGAGAGCGGGAAUUCAAAUUUGUGGGAUUGCGUGUACGAGCCUCGCCACAGUUAGUCGGCUAUUCAAGCAAGAAGGCUGCUUCAGAAGGGUUGUCAAGGAUGGAUUUGGAGAGACUCAACGUGGAACUGAUAGAGGGUGAUCACCAGACAUUCAUUGCCAAUUUGGUACUACAGCCUACCCUACAGGGAAAGAUUAAAGCUACUCAGAGGGGUGAUGCAGAAUUAGUAGAGCUCAUGGAUAAAGUACAAUAUGGUCAAGGAGAGGAGUUUAGUAUUUCAGAUGAUAGAGCUUUGAGGUUCUGUACCAGAUUGUGCGUACUUGUAGAUGCUGAGAUUAAGAAGACUAUCUUGGAGGAGGUCCACAGAUCCCUUUACAUAGUGCAUCCUAGCAGCACUAAGAUGUAUCAAGACCUCAGAGAGUCAUUUUGGUGGAGCAGCAUGAAGAGGAAAAUAGCUGAGUUUGUGGAUCAGUGUUUGACGUGCCAGCAGAUUACCGCCGGUGUUGCAUGGACAGAACGCCAUUUGGGUAGUUGCAAAUCGACUAACAAAGACUGUUCACUUUCUUGUUAUUAA